GAAGCGCGUGCAUGUGUCAGUGACGUGUGGAAACAGAUUCAGGAACCCCCUUCAGACGGUUCGUCUAUUAAUAAAUGCGCUAUUAAACGUAAUAACCGCUUUCUCUCACACAUGAUUUACCGAUAGGACAGAUCGGCAGGUAGUGUGAAGAACUUUUAACGUGUUUAAACGAGUGUUGUGAACAAGUGGACCUUGAUACGUAUCAUGUCACCCGUCACACACACAAUCAGCUCAAUCAGUGGUGUAAGACUUCACAGGACUGUGACUGUAUCAAGACCACAUUACACACUGAUCAAGUGUGAGGUCGCUGCUGUUGGGGAGUUAUGAUUGACAGUCAUAAUGACGAGAGCAUACGUGUGCCAUCUCUUGCUCAUGUCCCUCUACAUCACAGUGCUCCACACAAUCCCUGCUCCGGCCAACCUCACUAUAGUGUCCCAAAACUUCCGGCACAUCUUGCAGUGGAGUCCUGGGAUAGCGUCUCCUCCACGCACCGUGUUCAACGUCAAGCAAAGCUGUGAAGGAAGUAAAAAACCAGGAAAGUCCGCAGUGCGUGUGAACGUGACGCGUACAACAGUAGAUGUGUCUAAAGCGCUGAGGAACAUCUGGACAUACUGCACUUUCAGUGUGUGGGCGUCGCUCGGAAACGCCAGAUCGGCGGAAGUGAACACCAGUAUCACACCGUACGAAGACACCAGCAUCGGCCCGCCCGACGUGUCCCUGUCCGGCUGUGGGAACUGCCUGAAAAUCAGCAUCUCUCCGCCGCCGGACACACCCCUGACACCGCAAACCGGACGCUUCUAUAACUCUGUGGAGUACAAGAUCAGCUGGAGGAAAGCCGGACAGACUGAGGCCGAGCACAUCUCUACACUCAAGAACCAGACGGUCCUGCAGAACCUUCAGCCGGGACAGCAGUACUGUGUGAAAGUCCUUCCUCAGAUCAACUCCAACCCCAACACUCAAGAGUCAGAGUGGAAGUGCGAAUACACCAGUCGAGUGGAGCCCAGAGGUGGUAAGAUGACCGCUUUAACAGCAGCAGCACCAGAUGUGGCCCGGACCCCUAUCCCAGUCCCAUGUGGCCCGUACCCCCAUCCCAGUCCAUCCCAGUUCAUCCCAGUCCCACGUGGCCCGGACCCCCAUCCCAGUUCAUCCCAGUCCAUCCAGUCCCACGUGGCCCAGACCCCCAUCCCAGUUCAUCCCAGUCCAUCCCAGUCCCACGUGGCCCGGACCUCCAUCCCAGUUCAUCCCAGUCCAUCCCAGUCCCACGUGGCCCGGACCCACAUCCCAGUUCAUCCCAGUCCAUCCCAGUCCCACGUGGCCCAGACCCCCAUCCCAGUUCAUCCCAGUCCAUCCCAGUCUCAUAUGGCCCGGACCCCCAACCCAGUCCCACAUGGCCCGGACCCCCAUCCCAGUCCCGAGGCACAGGGGUGUCUGUGCCAGUAG